CAUGGCGCACGCAGUGUCCGUUAGCUCAGCUGCCAGAGACGAAAAGUCCUUACCUGGAGCCAAUUUUGCCACCAAUCCACUUUGCAAAAGUUACGAGCAAACAGCUGAACCUGAAAACUGGGGGUUUGAAACAGGUAAACAUGCCGACGCGGACACCGGCGAUGAGGAUUCGCCAACGGCCAGCAGCUGUCCGCGACGGGUAGAUGAUGAGCUGACGGCCCUCAGUCCAGAAGAGAUUGCGAGUCGUUUGGAAAGAACGAAAAGAGAGUUUUACAAUCGGCGUAAAAUAAUAAUCAAGAACCUUCCCGCCGAUAUCAGCAAUCAGGAGGUGCACGAGCUGUUAAGCAACUAUGAUUUGAAGUACUGCUUUGUGGAUAAAUACAAAGGGACAGCCUUUGUGACACUACUAAAUGGUGAGCAGGCCCAGUUUGCAAUUAAGGAAUUUCACCAGUAUGUGCUCCGUGACCGUGAGAUCUUCGUGCAGCUGCAGCCGACGGACGCCAUGCUAUGCAUCGCCAACCUGCCCAGGGCUUUCACCCAGCAACAGUUUGAGGAGCUCGUCCGUCCUUUCGGAAACAUAGAGCGCUGCUUCCUGGUGCACAGCGCCACCACAGGCCACUCGAAGGGCUAUGGCUUCGUUGAGUACAUGAAGAAGGACUCUGCCGCAAGGGCGAAGUCCGAGCUACUGGGGAAGCAGCUUGGGUCACGUAUGCUGUAUGUGCACUGGACAGAGGUUGGCUCGCUCACUUACCCAAUGCUGCACUCGCAAUGCCUCUGUGUGGACCAACUACCUCGAAACAUCCUCACCGCUCAGGAUCUCCACAAUGUCCUGACUGACACGCAUGCUCCCAUAUUCUACCAGCUUGCGCAGGGGCAAGAUUGCAGUUUUCAACAGUUUGCAGUGCUGGAGUUCUCCACACCAGAGAUGGCUGAAGAAGUGCAGCGCCAUACUGACAGAACGGCUUUGGGUGGCACUCACAUACGGGUGUCUUUCUGUGCCCCAGGUCCACCGGGAAGGAGCAUGCUAGCUGCCCUCAUUGCUGCCCAGACCAUGGCCCUGAACAGAGGGAAAGGUCUCCUCCCUGAGCCCAACGCCAUGCAGAUCCUUACUGGCUUAAAUAACCCUGCAACACUUAAGAUGCUGAUGGCGUCUUUCAUUCCAGGACAUAAACAAGGCCUUCUGGGAGCUGCACCUGCGGUACCUCUGCUGGCUAACCCUGCCCUCUCUGCUGCCCUGAUGCAGCUGCUGCUCCAAAACCAAGUCCAGCAGCAAGCUCUUUUAGGGAACCCUCUUCUCUGGGCACAGGUUCUGCACAGCAAAGAGUACAAUCUCCUCCCAUGUGCUGGAUUGCUGAGUGAAAACCCUCUGGCCUCACUUCCUAUCCAGCAAGGCAUGUUGGGAGAGUUUCCUCAAGGAGGUGUUGCUCAAAGUUUGGGCUUGCAGAAUGAGCCUCUUGGCCCCAUCAAACAACCAUCCCUGGGCCGACCACUAGGCAGAGAAACGGACGCCCCAACCACCCCAAUCGGCUUUCCCCCAACACCCUCUUCUGCAUUGCAGGGAAUGAGCAUGUCCCUACUGGGUGGCAUGUUCGGAGCAGAUGGGUCAACUCUUUCAGGGGUAUCCAUAUUGGGUGAGCCUCCUAAAGAAGUACCCCAGAACCCUUUUCUCAGUGCUCCUAGCAUAUUCCCAUCUUCAGGUGCUAGCACAAGGUCCCACCCCUACAGGAAGAGGACAGCACUAGGCAGCACAUCUAACCAACGCUCAAACAACAGCAUCCACCAAAAUUAUAGCCUGCGCUACCAAGAGUCUUAUACACCAGAGUUUCCACCUUUGCACCAGGACCCCUUGGCUCACUUAUAUGAGCGACAGGAGGCUUUAGAAAAUGCAGCAGUUUCCAGCUAUGGAGAGCAGCAGUCCAGACAUGCAGGCUUCAGUGAUUCAGGGUCUCAUUUCAGCUAUCCACCCAGCCCUACUCAGUCCUCUCAUUUCAGUUUUGGAGUCCCUAUGAGCAUCCCCUCCACCCAGCUCAAUAAGGCUGUAGGAAUGCCACCAAUCACUCAUUCCAGCCUAUUUUCUGCUGCACCUGAUGCUGGAAUGAAGACUCCCAUUGGUAGACAGAAGCGCCUUUUCUCCCAUCUCAUCCCAUCUCCAGAGCCCAGUCCAGAGGGUGGCUAUGUUGGCCAGCACUCUCAAGGUCUCGGGGGCCACUACGCGGACUCCUACCUAAAACGCAAGCGCAUACUUUAACCAGCAUUUAGGGGCUUCCUAAAAACUACCAGCAGAUCCCUGAGGCUCUUAUUACAAUGUGUUCGGUCAUUGGAUGAUUGGUUAAGUUUGUGUAUGUAAUUUCAAUGUGUUUGUAAAUAGUCAUUUUAUUUUGUUAUUAUUUGGCUUUUUUUAAUUUCAUUUUAAUUUUUUUGUAAACCCAAAGAUUCAACAGAAAGGAAACAUGAAUGGAAAGGGUUCCCUCCCUUGUUGGUCAGAAUAGUUCAGUUUUGUAGGCUUUAUUAAUUUAUUUUGAGUUUAUUUUUGAUGUGAAUUACGCAAUAUAAUAGACUUUUUUCAGCUAUGCCUCCUUGUCAGUUGUGUAUAUAGUUGUUCAGUUGUCUAAAAUGGCUCCCCCACUCCAAAGAUUUACACAUUUACUAGUGCCGCCAAGCCUAAUAUUCUUGAAUAUUACAGAUCUGUGUAUAAGAUAUAUUAGCCAUGUAUUCUGUUCAGAAAGCACUGCUAGGUUUUUUUUUUUUUUUUUCAUUUUUCCUGAAAUUAUUUUUUACCCCCCCAACCAUGCACCAUAUUUGUGUUGCACUUCUUUCAUCCCUCCAUCAGGGUUUUCUGAGCAGAAUGUUUAACUGUUGCACUAUAAUGGAUCAUGUAUUUUUGUCCUGAUCAUCCUCUUCUCACCUGUAAUGGUCUAUUUCAGCCUUGUUCAUGUGUUUUGCAUGCUGUCCCUCUUUCCUCCUUACUACCUGCAUUGUUUGAGCGCCACACUUUGCGGUUGCAAAGAGUUGGCAUUUUGCAGUCACAUGAAGCCCCAGUUUGUUGGAGAUAGAAUAUGGUGAGCCGUGCUUAAAGCACAGUAUGCCUGCUGUUGCUUUGUAAAUCCCAACACAACUCAUGCCCAUGUCUUGCUCCUCCAUAUUUCCCUUCCUCUGCAUUCCAGCAGAGGGAGCCAGAUAGCUUUUAAAGGGGCAGUUCACACAAAAAUGGUCACCUUUUCCAAACCAUUAAGGUUAAGUAAACGAUAUUACUUUUUGUUGAACUAUCCCUUUAAGGUGGCACUGCUCCAUAUGACAUUGCAGACUUACACCUGCAUUUUUUUUUUUUCCUUAUGUCUUUUUAAAUGCAAGCCAACAGUCUGAAGCAGGCCGGACCUGUGCCUCAGCGUGACAUUCAUUUUACCGUCAUAACUGUGACUACCUUUCCCCUCUUGUUUACCCAGAGGGGGGCAAGAAGCUUCUGCAGACUAGAAUGUGACUGACGUAUGAUUGAGUACUUUGUCUGUGUGGGUGUGACUUAUUAAUCUGGUUGACAUUUUUAUUUGUGGUACGCAUUACCUCUGACUUGUGCUACAUCUUACAAUGGAACCCGGAGUUACUCGUGUACUAAAAAUCGCCGUCUUUACCGUAAACUCUUCCCACUGUGAGCCUUAACUACAUAACUUUUGUUCAUUUGCGGUGUACAUGCUUGAGCUUGAUUUACAUUUCUUCUCUGGAGUCUUUAACUUGUGUUCUUGUAUUUCUUCUAGUCUGUAAUGAUAUAAAAAUGGCUGCUCUUUAUUUUAUUUUUUUGUGUAUAUAUUGGAGUGAAAUUGCACAGUGCUGUAUCUUGUAAAUGAUUUUUCAUGUGUGGUAAGAGCUGCUGUUGUGUAAAAUGAACAGGCUUUCAGAUUAUUAAUCUGUUAAAUGAACUCCUCAAUCAAUCUUUCCUUUUGUACAGCUCUGUUUUUGUGACAUUUGAACAAGUAAAUGUUAUUUAAGUUCGCUUUAAUGGAGUUUUGUGGUGAAUUAAAUAUGCAUAUA